AUGAAAUGUAGAGUUGAACUUUGCAAUUUAAAUACUGUUGGUUGUUUUAAGAUUGUUAAACAAAUUUCAACACUUGGUUGCAUUGCAACGAUACGAUACGCAACGCAACGCAGCACAGCAGCAAAGACAAACCAAGUUGGUUGA